AUGUCGUCCAGUUCGUCAGGAAAACCGCCUCGGGUGCUUGCUUGUGUUUUAUGCCAAAGUAGAAAGAUCAAAUGUGACCGCAAGACUCCCUGUUCUAACUGUAUCAAGGCCAACGUCGCAUGUACACCAAGCACGCCGGCGCCCGCUCGUAAGAGGAGGAGGCCAAAUCAGGAUUUACAGCAGAGGUUGGCGCGUUGUGAGGAAUUACUUUCCGAAUAUGCUACCGCGAAGCCUGCCGCUCCAUCAUCCGCCGACUCGCCCAGCCAAGAUGAGGCUUGGAGGCCCCGCGGCGGGAAGCUCAUAGUAGACGAAGGCAGCGUCAAAUUCAUAGAUAGUUACUUAUGGGCUAACAUACACAGCGAACUCUCGGCAAUGCGCGAGAUACUCGAAGAUGAAGAUACCGUAGACGACCCUUGCACCCCCGCAGAUUCGCAAGCAUCCGAUCUCAACGCAGGUCUAAUAUUAUCAGACACUUCUGAGGCUAAUCUGGAAGAGCUCCAUCCACAACCGGCUCAUGUAUUUCGGUUGUGGCAAAUUUUUCUCGAAAGGGUUAACCCAUUAACCAAAGUGAUACAUGUGCCCACAGUGCAACCUCUUCUCGUCGAAGCGGCCACGAGUAGGGAAAAUGUACCUAAAAACGUCGAAGCGCUGUUGUUCUCCAUCUAUCUAAUGGCCACCGUGGCCCUAACCGACGACGAGUGUGUAGAGCGAUUCGGGUUCACCAAGAUAGAAGCCUAUAACCGGUUUUCUAAGGGUUGCCGCUCAGCUUUGAUGCGCAUCGGCAUCUUAAAGAAUUACGACCUUGUCGUCCUACAGGCCUUGGUACUAUAUUUGUUCUCUCUCCCAGGCCGAUACGACCGUCAUGCGGCGUGGAUUUUGAACGGUGUGAUUGUAAGGAUUGCGCAGAAGAUGGGUCUUCACAGAGAUGGCGAAUUUCUCGGGCUACUGCCGUUCGAGACCGAAAUGCGAAGGCGAAUAUGGUGGCGGAUCCUUUUACUCGAUGCAAUGUAUGCACUCAUGUCCGGCCUCGGUCAUUCUCUUCUCCCACGUUCAUGGGACACCAAACCACCUUUAAACAUCAACGAUUCCGACCUCUACCCUUCUAUGACGACCAUACAACCCAAAGAUACCCCAACAGAUAUGAUAUUUUGCCUCAUAUGCAGCGAGAUCGCCUCCGUCAUGAUUGAUACGCCCGAGAUUCAUCUGGUCAUCUUACAGAACGAGAUGGGCUUGGAAACAUAUGAACCUGAUAAGAUCGAGAAGGCAUCCAGGCGUCUCGAGCAGCUGGACCGAGACAUGUCGGAGAUCCUAGCUAAGUAUAGCGAUCUUUCGAUGGGUCCUGUUCAUGUAUUAGCAACGGAGUGUAAGAAAUCAAUGAUUGGAAAGCUACGCGAAUUAAUCAGCCCGAUGGUAACCCAGCCAGAAUGGGGCGAUGAGGUUCUAUCACCUAAAGAUCAUCUAUUCAAGAUGUCGGUCACGGCAGGUGAACAAAAUUUAAAGAUGUAUGAGUUAUCACCUACGAGAGGGGUUUUCCUAUGGUUCAUGAUGUCGCAUUUCCAGCUUGAGCUUUUUAUAUACAUGGUUGGGCAAUUACGCUGGCGUACGUCUGGGAAGCUAGUAGAAAGGGCGUGGGAGUCGGUCGAACUAGUUUAUCGAUUUCAUACGGAAUUGUGGGAUCUCUCGGUGAAGGCACAUCUAGCGGCCGCCAUCUUCACGAUCCGGGGUUGGAAAGUGCGGGAAAAGGCGUUGCAAGAGGCCACGGGCGUUAUUCCAGGGACGCCCGAUUACAUAUUGAAGCUUCAGGGAAUCUUACCAGCGGAGGAUGUAAAGCACACGCUCUCCAACGAGUCGCCAGACUUGAUGAGUAUCAGUAACACGCCGGACGGGGCCCCACCCGGCGUUCCGCAGCCCGUUGCGGAUGUCGCUUGGGACCAGAUGCUUGGUUUCGUUGACGCGGGAACCAUCGAUUGGGGCGAUAUGUUCGCAACACCUAAUGGUGGGCAACCACAGGCGAGCUACGGGGGCUUUGGAGGAGUAUUUGGCGGAAAUGGGAUUAAUUGGAUGUAA